UACACAGAACUGCAAGUAAAGUUACUCAUGUAGUUUGAUGUUGACUAUUCACUGCCGUAGUGGUCCCAUAUCAUACCAAUACAUGUUUAUCCAGGUGUCGUCUUUGUACUUUUUCAUCUGCAAUGCUUCCAGUAUCUUCCUACAUCUCACAAAAAACAUUGAUUUUUUUUUAGUUCAUAUAAGCUGUUCACACUUCAGUUUCAGUUUUUUUUUUGCAUGAAAUAAAUUCAAUUAUCUGCGCUUCCAGUUUAGAAUUAAACAAAAAUGGAAUCCAUGAUCAGUAAGGCAUUGGUGACAUUACUGAAAGCACCUUCUAAUCCAUGAAUUACUUCACCAGUAUAAAUGGCAUUUGCUAGAGAAACUUGCACUUCAUCUACAGCUGUAUUGUACACCAAACAGUUCACUCUGAGAGAGAUUAUAAUUAAAUCCUUAAUUCCAAGCAUUGGUAGACAUUGCAUGUUAAUAAGCCUAUGUUUUGUACUGGACUGCCAGAAUGGCUGUACCAAAUGGAUUGCUCCUCUAAGAGGACUCAUCCCAAAAUGAAGCAACAUACGUAACGAACAUUGACCCUCAAUAACUUUCAGGCAAAAAGAAAAUUACCUUACGGUCUCACCAACCUGGACUUGGUGUCACAGUGGAGGGGUCCGGUCACCGCUUGGAGUUAUAGCAGCUUUUAUUUCGAGGGCCAUAGCCGUGGACCUGAAUGCUAAACUCAUACUCAACUGAAAGUCACUUGCUUGUUACUCUUACAUUCAGUCGAUCGCUCCUCUGCACUCAGCUGUCAGCUCUUGGCUUCCUAAAGGUAGCAUAGUACUCUACUCCAAUGGGGAGAUCACCAUGCUGUGACAAGGUUGGCCUAAAGAAAGGUCCAUGGACAUCGGAGGAGGAUGAGAAGCUUCUUGCCCACAUCGAGGAGCAUGGUCAUGGGAGCUGGCGUGCAUUGCCUUCCAAGGCCGGUUUGCAGAGGUGCGGCAAGAGUUGCAGACUGAGAUGGACCAACUACCUGCGGCCGGACAUCAAGAGGGGCAAGUUCAGCUUGCAGGAAGAACAGACCAUCAUCCAGCUUCAUGCUCUUCUUGGCAACAGGUGGUCUGCCAUCGCGACGCACCUGUCGAGGCGCACCGACAACGAGAUCAAGAACUACUGGAACACCCACCUCAAGAAGAGGCUGGCCAAGAUGGGGAUCGACCCCGUCACCCACAAGGCCACCAACGGAGCUCCUGUAGGCACCGCAGCCAGUCUCAACCACAUGGCCCAAUGGGAGAGCGCCCGGCUCGAGGCCGAGGGGCGCCUGGCUCGAGAAUCCAGGAUGCGCACAGCAGCCUCCACACCAACCUCAAUCCCUCUGCAUCCAAUAAACCUGCCAGAGCCUACCACUCCCCCGUGCCUCGGCAUGUUGCAGCCAUGGCAGGGCGCGAAGCUAGACCUGGAGUCACCCACCUCCACACUGACGUUCAUCGGUAAUAAUAACAGUGUCAGCCUAGGGGCGUCUGAAAGCAACUCCGCGAUGUGGAAGUUGAGAAGCGAUGAUCCGGAGUGCGAAGAGAACAGCGUCCACAAGUUCCUCCGCGAGCAGCAGAUGCAAGGACUGGAAGGCGAGGAGAGGGGAAGGCACAUCAUUGGCUGCGAGGAGCCGUGGUUCCAAGGGACCGUAGGCGUCGGAGCUGGCUUCACAGACAUGCUGCACGAUGCGUUAGAUUGCUGGGGUGAGUCCAGCAAUGGCCAAGCCGAGCUCAGCGGGCAGGUCUCCGGGGACGGAGAGAGCGGCAGCAGCAGCUACUGGAGCGGCAUCCUCGGCAUGGUGGUCACCUCGGAGCUGCCACCAUCCCACCCCCACCCACCAGCAUUUCUCUAGGACAACGGCCGUCUCUACAUUCUUCUUCUUUUCUUUCCGGCCAGGGCUUGCAGCAUUUCUCUAGGACGACGGCCGUCUCUACAUUCUUCUUCUUUUCUUUCCGGCCAGGGCUUGCAGCAUUUCUCUAGGACGACGGCCGUCUCUACAUUCUUCUUCUUUUCUUUCCGGCCAGGGCUUGCAGCAUUUCUCUAGGACGACGGCCGUCUCUACAUUCUUCUUCUUUUCUUUCUGGCCAGGGCUUGCAGCAUUUCUCUAGGACGACGGCCGUCUCUACAUUCUUCUUCUUUUCUUUCCGGCCAGGGCUUGCAGCAUUUCUCUAGGACGACGGCCGUCUCUACAUUCUUCUUCUUUUCUUUCUGGCCAGGGCUUGCAGCAUUUCUCUAGGACGACGGCCGUCUCUACAUUCUUCUUCUUUUCUUUCCGGCCAGGGCUUGCAGCAUUUCUCUAGGACGACGGCCGUCUCUACAUUCUUCUUCUUUUCUUUCUGGCCAGGGCUUGCAGCAUUUCUCUAGGACGACGGCCGUCUCUACAUUCUUCUUCUUUUCUUUCCGGCCAGGGCUUGCAGCAUUUCUCUAGGACGACGGCCGUCUCUACAUUCUUCUUCUUUUCUUUCCGGCCAGGGCUUGCAGCAUUUCUCUAGGACGACGGCCGUCUCUACAGUCUUCUUCUUUCCGGCCAGGGCUUGCGCCGAAAUCGACCGAAUCCUCCGAAAUCGGAAGAAAAUAGCAAGAGGAUUCUACAACUACUACUGGCAACAGGUCGCUGUUUUUGGCUCAUCCUCAUGUGUAAUUAGCCACUACGUACUACUGUAUUGUGACCCUGAGGAUGCAGUAAAUAAAUGCAUAUUGCUUUCUA